CAUAAUUUCCAACAUGUCAGACGAGCGAGACGAAGGAAAGUGGAGAUUUUAUUUUUAAUAAGUAUAACUUUAGGUUUAGGAUAAUCGUUGUGAAUUUAUUAAUAUAUGGGACAAUAAAGCAAUAGUGGAAUUGUUAAUUGUUUGUGUUAUAACUUAUGUUGCUACGCUCAAUUUGGGUUGGUCCGUUACCACCACAGAAACAAUUUUUGUUGUUAUUUAUUGUUUCGAUUUCAAGUUUUAACAAAGCUGAAAGUUAUGGUGUAAUUAACGUACGUUCAUACGUGUAAAAUGUGUAAAGAUUAGAGUUUAUUGUAAUGUAAAUAAAAAAUAUUUAGUGAUCGCGCGCAUGCGAUUCUGUCAAAAACAGACAAAGGUUUUGUGUGAUGUGAAAAUCAGCUGUAUGUGCGAUGACUUCGUGAUACCAAAAGUGUGUGUUCUAAAUCCACAAUGUUCAGUGAAAUUGGAUACAUUACGUUCCUGCUACUUGCCCUGCCGUACAUCGAAAGUGCAUCUCGGCGGCGGCUCAGCGAGUACGUGGAACACUACGAGCCGCUGGACUACGACGCGGGCGCGGUGCAUGCACAGCACGUGCGCGUGCGCCGUUCACUCGACGCACCACCGGACCUGCGGCUCGACUUCCGCGCACACGGCCGCACCUUCCGCCUGCGUCUGCGCCGAGACCUCUCCGCGUUCACCGACGAUUUCAAGGUUGAAGGUUCGAAUGGGGAGCACCAUGAAGUGGACACGUCACACAUCUACCACGGCGAGCUGGCCGACGAGCCACAGUCAACAGUGUUCGGCUCGGUGACGGACGGCGUGUUCGAAGGCAAGAUUCUGGUGAAGGACGGUGCGUUCUACGUGGAGCACGCUCGGCGGUACUUCCCGCCCAACGGCACACGUUCCAAGGUGCACUCUGUAAUCUACCGCGAAGGAGACGUCGGUGACCCGUACGCACAUCGUCGACAUGGUCACGUGGGAGGUUGCGGCAUCACAGACGAGGUGGUGCAGUGGAUGCAGCGCAUCCAGAACUCAGGCGUGGAGGAGGACGCCACGUCGCCAGCGCCGACCGCGCCGACCCCGCCGGCGGCGCCGCACGGCCACCACGCCUCGCCGCCGCCGCACCCCAACAGCUUGAGGGACGAUCCGCCACGAUACUGGGAGCACCAUAACAAGUACUCGCGCGCGGCGAACACCGGCGAACAUUCGCGGUCGCGGCGCUCGCCCAUAGACAACCGCAACACCUGUUCGCUCUACAUACAGACGGACCCGCUCAUAUGGCGGCACGUUCGAGAGGGAUUCCCUGAUCACCGAGACCCAAGCAAAAAGGCGGAGGUGGAUAUGAAGACGAGAGAGGAGAUCCUCUCGCUCAUCUCGCACCACGUGACGGCUGUCAACUACAUCUACAGGGACACCAAGUUCGACGGCCGCAUGGAGCACCGGAACAUCAAGUUUGAAGUCCAGAGGAUUAAGAUCGACGACGACUCGAUGUGUAACACGCACCACUUCGCGAGCGAGACGAACCAGUUCUGCCUGGAGAACAUAGACGUGUCCAACUUCCUGAACCUGCACUCGCUCGGCAACCACGAGGACUUCUGUCUCGCCUACGUGUUCACAUACAGGGACUUCACUGGCGGCACUUUGGGUCUAGCAUGGGUGGCGAGCGCAAGCGGCGCAUCUGGCGGCAUAUGCGAGAAGUUCAAGACGUACACGGAGACCAUCGGUGGCAUGUACCAGAGCACCAAGCGCUCGCUCAACACCGGCAUCAUCACCUUCGUCAACUACAACAGCCGGGUGCCGCCUAAAGUCAGCCAGCUCACCCUCGCUCAUGAGAUCGGACACAACUUCGGCUCGCCGCACGACUACCCAUCGGAAUGCCGGCCGGGUGGUCAGAAGGGCAACUUCAUAAUGUUCGCCUCCGCCACGUCCGGGGACCGCCCUAACAACAGCAAGUUCAGCGCGUGUAGUGUGGGGAACAUUAGCGCUGUGCUGGACGCUGUGAGAGAUGGGAGGAAGAGGAACUGUCUCACUGCCAGCGCCGGCGCCUUCUGCGGGAACAAGAUUGUUGAGGUCGGCGAAGAGUGUGACUGCGGUUACGACGAGAACGAAUGCAAGGACCACUGUUGCUACCCGCGGCAAGUGAGCGCAUACGACCGCGAGCAGAACAGCACUGCCAAGGGAUGCCAUAGGAAAGCCAACACUCAAUGCAGUCCGUCGCAAGGCCCGUGUUGCCACGCGCGCACGUGUCAGUUCGUGUCGGAGUUCCGUAACCAGACGUGUCGCGAGGCCACCGAGUGCAGCCACGCCUCCUUCUGCUCCGGCCGCUCCGCUGAGUGCCCCGAGCCGCAGCACAUGUCCAACCUCACCAAAUGCAAUAAUGGCACGCAACUGUGCAUCAGCGGCGAGUGCCGCGGCUCGAUGUGCCUGGCGUGGCACAUGAAGGAGUGCUUCCUGUCGUCGUCGCAGCAGGUGGGCGAGGGCGUGACGGCCGUGGUGGACCGGCGCGCGCUGUGCCAGCUGGCCUGCCAGGUGGGCCCCGAGCCCGGCUCGUGCCAGAGCACGGCCGAGUUCGCGCACAAGUACGGCCUGCCCGCCGGCGGGAUCGCGCUGCGGCCCGGCUCGCCCUGCGACAACUUCCAGGGCUACUGCGACGUGUUUCUCAAGUGCCGCGCGGUGGACGCGGAAGGCCCGCUAGUCCGCCUCAAGAACCUACUCCUCAACCAAGCGACGCUCCGGACCGUACAAGCCUGGGUCACAGAGCACUGGUGGGCGGUGCUAUUAGCCGGAGUAGCACUUGUGGUGCUCAUGGGUGCUUUCGUCAAGUGCUGUGCCGUGCACACGCCAUCCUCCAACCCUAAGCGGCCGCCGGCGAGGCGGCUGUCGGAGACGCUCCGGCGGCCCAUGAACACGCUGCGGCGCAUGCGCGCGCCGCACGCCGCCGCGCCGCGCCCCGGCCACCGGCGCGCGCGCCACCACAAGGGCUACGCGCCGCCGCUGGCCUACGCCGCCCGCGAGCCCGCGUCGGCGCCGCCGGGCCCCAGCUCGCGACGCGCCGAGCCGUACGCCAACGCGUACCCGCAGUCGUACGAGCUGCGGCCCGCGCAGAAGGUCUGACAGUACGACUACGGCGGCGCGGCCGAGCCGGCGCAGCUGGAGCUCGUGGCGCUGGCCCCCGGCGUGCCCCUGCUGCUCGGGUACGUGUACCGUGCGCCGCUAGCCGGGAACACGUCGGCGAACGGCGCGGGGCCCACGGGGUCCCCGGCGG